CCUGGAUGGCAGGCUCCAGGUGUCCCACAGGAAAGGCCUCCCCCACGUGAUUUACUGCCGGCUGUGGCGCUGGCCGGACCUGCACAGCCACCAUGAGCUGCGGGCCAUGGAGAUGUGCGAGUACGCCUUCAACAUGAAGAAGGACGAAGUCUGUGUCAACCCCUACCAUUACCAAAGAGUGGAGACCCCAGUGUUGCCCCCGGUGCUGGUGCCCCGGCACACGGAGAUUCCGGCCGAAUUCCCGCCGUUAGACGAUUACAGCCACUCCAUCCCAGAGAACACUAACUUCCCAGCAGGUAUCGAGCCCCAGAGCAACUACAUUCCAGAGACCCCUCCUCCAGGAUAUCUGAGUGAGGAUGGAGAAACCAGCGACCACCAGAUGAAUCCCAGCAUGGAUGCAGGUUCUCCCAACUUAUCACCAAACCCCAUGUCUCCAGCACACAAUAAUCUGGACCUGCAGCCCGUCACCUACUGCGAGCCGGCCUUCUGGUGCUCCAUCUCCUACUACGAGCUCAACCAGAGGGUGGGAGAGACUUUCCACGCCUCCCAGCCCUCCAUGACCGUGGAUGGAUUCACUGACCCCUCGAAUUCCGAGCGUUUCUGCCUGGGCUUGCUGUCCAACGUGAACAGAAACGCCGCCGUGGAGCUCACGAGGAGACACAUCGGGAGAGGAGUCAGGCUCUACUACAUCGGUGGGGAGGUGUUUGCCGAGUGCCUCAGCGACAGUGCCAUCUUCGUGCAGUCGCCCAACUGCAACCAGCGCUACGGGUGGCACCCGGCCACCGUCUGCAAGAUCCCCCCAGGGUGCAACCUGAAGAUUUUCAACAACCAGGAGUUUGCUGCUCUGCUGGCUCAGUCGGUGAACCAGGGCUUUGAGGCCGUGUACCAGCUGACCAGGAUGUGCACCAUCAGGAUGAGCUUCGUCAAGGGCUGGGGAGCGGAGUACAGGAGGCAGACGGUGACCAGCACUCCCUGCUGGAUUGAGCUGCACCUCAACGGGCCCUUGCAGUGGCUGGACAAGGUCCUCACCCAGAUGGGCUCCCCCAGCAUCCGCUGCUCCAGCGUCUCCUAAGGAAACUCCUCCUGGAGGGGGCAACAAAGACUCUGGAAAACCCUUAGCAAAAGGCAUAGUAAACAAAUUCCCAGUUAUUCAAGCGAUGAGGAAAAAAAAAAUCUGCUC